AGGGAAGCCAAAUGGCCCCCGAAUGCCGCCAGAAGCCCCAACUUUUUUGUUUGGGGGCGAGGGGUUAUUCUCCCCCCCCCCACACACACAUCAAUAUGCAGGCCCCCCCCUCCGGGUGUUUCCCACUCUACAGCGGGCGUCGUUCGAAAUGUUAUUACACAAGCCUCUCUUGCCUUCUGCAAGCGCUUGAGUUAGGAAAAGAAGUUUGCUUCGGACGGUGCUGCUGACAGAAAAGCAAGGCAAGCAGAGGGAUGCUGAAGACCAUAAAACAAGCACUCUUCUCCACUGGGCUUGAGAUGCCCAAAUGGACAGCACUACCAAACCAGGCACCUGACUAUGAAAUUCGACAGUAUGAACCAGCCAAAUGGGUUUGUACAUCUGUUAAAACAGUGGAGUGGGAUUCAGCCAUCAAUACUGGUUUCAUGAAACUAUUUAACUAUAUUAAAGGCAAGAAUGAAAAAGGAAUAAAGAUAGAUAUGACUGCUCCAGUGACUUGCUAUGUGCAGCCAGGGGCUGGUCCAUUCUGUGAGUCCACCACAACGGUUUCUUUUUAUGUGCCAGCUCAACACCAGGCAAAUCCACCUAAGCCCACGGAGCCAGAUGUCUUCAUUGAAAAUAGGCCAGCAAUUACUGUGUUUGUCAGAUCAUUUGGAGGAUUUGCCAAGGCCAAAAAGAACCAAGAGGAAAUAUUGGCACUUGCUGAAAGCCUGAAGCGUGAUGGGAAAGCUUUUCAAGAAAGAGUCUAUUAUAGUGCUGGUUACGAUAGUCCAUUUAAAUUGCUGAACAGACACAAUGAAGUAUGGCUUAUCAAGAGAAGCUAAAAUCCCAGCAAUGCAGAUUAGUCUAACAAUUUUCUUUUAACAAAAUAACUUGUUUCUAACAGAUUAGACAUUUUAAUGUAUUUUGCUCCAAUAUAUUUUCCUACUCCUCUUACUACAUAUGUCUGUGCCUUGAAAUCUUACUAGUGCCAAUACGAAAUAGAGAUAGAGGUGCUAUAGCAUGGCUUUGUGUGCAGCCACACAUUUAAAAGCAGAGAUAGCACUAUUCAGACAGGGGGGAAAGGAACACUGUAUUUGUGUACUCAGAAGUCCCACUCCCAACACUGUCGUGCCUGGAAGCCUCAUCUUCACUGUACUGCUCAAAGUUAUUGUGUUUGUCUGAAGAGGCAAAUGCCAUAACCAUGACUGCAGCCAUUUCCAUACACUGAAGGUUGGGGCACCAAGCCUCCUGAUCAUAGCAGUGCAGUCAUGCUUACAGUGUUUGCCUGAGACAGUGAGUAGCACAGCAGGGACAAGGCUUCCAGGUGCAUCAGCGCCGGGGGCAGGACUUCCAGGCACAUUUAGGAAAACGGUACAUAAAUAUAGCAUCCCUUUUCUGUGCUAUCUGAAAAGGACUCAGGUCAUGGCACUCAAGUGAAUACCAGUGUGUGACAUAAAACUUGUUUAUUGAAAAUGUGACUCUUCAUUUCCAAAGGACUAACUGCUACAACUCCAUAGAAAGUAGCAGAUUGCAAAUAAACUCAAAAUUGUCACCUAGGUUUCUAGACCCCUAUAAGGAAAGGAUUAUGGGUUAAGUACAUUGUCACAUUUCAAAGGGUCCCCAGUGUAGCCUCUGGCAUGCCACUCCAAGAAAAAUUAUUGAAUGCUCUUCAGGCCUAGGACACUCCCUUAAAUGGGUGAAGGGUCUUGACUCAUGUAUGGCUGCUCUUGCAUACCAAUGUGUUGUAUCUACAUAUAUAAAGUCAUUUUGUGUUAUAUCUAAGCAUAGCUAACUUACCAAACCUGCAGGAAUCAUUUCUGAUUUUCACAGUUUUAGUAUUUAAUUCAGAUGGGAUUGCUAGUUUGUUUAAUUCAAGUCAAACUGAUGCUUUUGUUGAGUGUUUAAAUCUACACACGUGGCUCUUGAGCAUCUCAGCAUAUGGAAUCUGGCUUCUGCUCUUUUGAGUUUGAUAUUGUACUCCUGCCUUUAUUUCUCAAGUCAUACCUUGUGUAAAUUUCUUUAAUGGCAACCUACAUUGUAUGAUUGAUCAAUACAAUAAGAUGUAACACAAUUUGACAAUUAAAAUGUCAAAUUCCCAUUCUUAUAGAUAAUAUGGAAUGAAGUACAUUACAUGGACAAAACUGUAUAAUUUUCCAGACUGUUUCCAUAGGACAAGUAUCUGUUUCCACUUAUGAAACUAUAAGACACUGUGUACUUUGGUGCUGUGUAAAUAAAUGGUGGUAUUCUCAAUUUAGAUAAUGUAACAUGGAGUCCAGCACACACACACUUCAACAGACAAUUGUGAAACUUACCACUUGACUGAUUAGAAGAUGGAUUAAAGAAUGAUUCAUUAUUGACCCUACAGCUUGUAUCACUAUUGUUAGCUAAUUUGCUACUGUCCUUAUGCCACCCUUCCACAUUUAUCGUGUACAUACUAUUGUGUGGAGCUAGAACAUAUCCAACUGAAAAAUGAGAAAUAUAUGCAAUAUACAGGAAUUUAUUAUCUAAUAAAUACCUGGUGGCGCAGUGGUAAAACUGCCGCCCUGUAACCAGAAGGUUACAAGUUCGAUCCUGACCAGGGGCUCAAGGUUGACUCAGCCUUCCAUCCUUCCGAGGUCGGUAAAAUGAGUACCCAGAAUGUUGGGGGCAAUAUGCUAAAAUCAUUGUAAACCGCUUAGAGAGAGCUCCGGCUAUAGAGCGGUAUAUAAAAUGUAAGUGCUAGUGCUAUUGCUAAUAUAAAGGGACACUAUUUAUUUGCAGAUUUAAAGAUUGAACUGUAAAACUGUCUCAAGCUAGAAAAGACCUGGUUGACAGUGUCAUGCUUCUUACAGCUGGCUUAUGCUAACACCUAGGAGGCCUUCUCUACUAAGCAACAAAGAUGAGCUUUGUUGUAAACAUGCAUCCAUUUGACAGGCUGUUGGUGAUUACAAAAGGUAAAUACUGUCCAUGGUAAAAGAUGAAAUGACAAGAGGAGAUAUUGUACACUCUUAUUCCUCUUCAGUAUCCUUCACACUUGGCUGCAAUAAUUAUUGGUGGUCAGUAAUGUCUCUCCCUUGCUAAUAUGAGACAUUAAUGGUCUUUAGGGUGUAUUUAUAUUGGCACCUGUGACAUUUAUUGCUAACAAAUGAAUGGAAAAUACUAGCGUCUUUCCUGUCACCUACCUAACAAAUAUCAGCAGCUUUGUUCAAUCACAGAGAAUGACACACAGUUACUUAAUUAACUGGUAUUAUAUCCAUAUGUCCCUUUUGUCAUCAGUGAAAUGUUUCACUAAUAAAAUAUAUUUCAUUCAAUAAUCUCAUCUUUGCUCCCCUCCCCCCACCAAACAAAAAACCUCAGAAGAUUGGAAUAGCUGUAGCUGUUAAAGAUCAUAAGGUUAAUACAUUUUAUAAGGUGCUUCCUGGAAGCAAAAAAGCACUAAUUCGUUGAUUGCCCUCAUUUUGUACAUGUUCUGUGUCUUAAUGUGCUUAAAGCCAUAAUGUCAGUAGAGGUAAGAAUGGCAAGAUCUAUGUAGUUUCUGAAAAAUAAGAGUGCAGGAUUAAAGAAAAUAUCUAGAGAAGAUUCAAAACAAUGUCUCUGGCAACACCUUUAUCAACAUAAAUAGUAUGGCAUGUUUCAUACCAUAAAAUUUUAAUGUGAAUACCUCAUUUAUCUUUGACUUCCUGUGUAUCAGAUGCCAAAGUGCAGCUCAAUAGUAAGUGAUAUUACCACAUGAUUUUUUACUUGCAUUAUUGAAAUAUUAAGAUCUACAGGAUUAGAGGAUACUAAAAAAACCCACUCCAAAUACUUUAUCUCUGCUGGCUUAAUCUACACAAAAAGAAACUUAUGGAAACGUGGAAGAGGUCUCUGAGUGAUAAAGCAUUUUCCAACUUUAAAAGCUCAUAACCAGCUUCCCUGGAUCUCUGGUUUUCCAAGCCAGCCAUUCAGUAUUAUGUGAUGUUUACAUUAUCCAUCAUAUUUGCUAUUCUGUCUUUGACAAAUAGAGGGCAACAGCUAGACUAACUUGUCUUCAAUGACUUUAGUUAUGACUAACCAAUUUGGAUGUUGCCCACUGAAAACAAAGACACAAGAAACAGCAGUAGGAAAAUGCACAAUACCUUGCAUAUAAAAUUGGUCAGACAUUUUUAGUUAAUAAUUAAAGGUAAGGGCAGCAUGCCACUUCUAAGGUGUCUGUCAAAUACUGCCUUUGUAUAAAUGGAGCCCACCAUAGUCCCCAUGUGGGGUUUGCUAGAAGAAUUAAGCAGGCCAGUGGCUGCAAACAGUUUAAUAUGGAAUGUAUGUCAAUUUUUACACUUAAAACUUUUAAUUGAACCUCUUGGAAAAAUCUGCAUAAAGUACCUUCCUUCUUCCAUUAAAGUUUUCUGUAACUUGA